CUCCGACCGUUAGACGCUGGAGCCGCAGGUGGAGAGCAUUGUAAUCUGUGACGGUGUGAGAGUCGUUUCUCUGGAAAUACUUGGAAAUUCACUUUAAAGCUCAACCGAUCGGCUAAGUAACGAUGACUGAAGGCGACAACAGAAGUGCAAACAUACUGGCUCAGGAAACGGCCCAGCUGGAGGAGCAGCUUCAAGGCUGGGGGGAGGUGAUCCUGGUCGGGGAUCGCGUGCUGCGCUGGGAGAAACCCUGGUUCCCUGGAGCUCUGAUGGGUGCUACCACCAUGCUCUUUCUGAUGGUUUACUAUUUGGACCCAUCAGUGCUGACUGGACUCUCCUGCACCGUCAUGCUGCUUUGCCUGGCUGACUACCUUGUGCCCACCCUCGCACCCCGAGUGUUUGGCUCCAAUAAGUGGACCACAGAGCAGCAGCAGCGUUUCCAUGAGAUCUGCGGUAACCUGGUGAAGACUCAGCGUCGGGUGGUCGGCUGGUGGAAGCGUCUCUGUGCCCUCAAAGAGGAGAAACCCAAAAUGUACUUUGCCUCAGUGAUCAGCAGCCUGCUGGCCGUGGCCUGGAUCGGACAGCAGGUGCACAACCUGUUCCUCACCUACCUGAUCGUGAGCUUCCUGCUGCUGCUGCCAGGCCUGAAUCAGCAUGGUGUCAUCACAAAGUACACCAGCAUGGCCAAGAGGGAGAUCAACAAACUGCUCAAGCAGAAAGAAAAGAAGAACGAGUAGAUGAAAGUCUGGAUAAAAGAGAGGAGUCUGCAAGAUGAUCCAUGAAAUGGAAGGUGGACGUUUGGAGAAGGAAAGCCAGAGAGCAAAAGCUGCAGUGAGCCUCCUGCUUUUUGUUUCACAACAAAAACGCACUUUUUUUCUCCUUUUUUUUUUUUUUUUUUUUUUUUUUUUUUUUUUUUUUUUUUUUGUUUUACACAUCAGAUUUAAUUUUCCCACUUUGACAUUUAAACCUCUCCACCCCUUCACAUUGUAUAAAAACUAUCUGCCGUGCAUGCAGCCACUGUAUGAAGUUUCACACGUUAAAAGCUGGUGACCGAGCACCAUGAACACCGAGUUAAGAUCCUUCUGUUUUCUAGAUCAGCUGUUUCGUUUUAAGGCAUCAGUAAUGCUUUUAAGUUAUUCCCUCUCCUUCCAGUGACUACUGAGCAGUUGUUGUAGCAUUACUGCGUAUUUUUAACCUCUGUUUCCUCAGUAAUUAUACUAUUUGGGCGAGUCUAAGGCAAAACUUAUGAACAUUUUACCUUUUUUGUGCUUAUUCUGCUUUGAUUAUAUUUAAAAACUGGAUUUAAAGCUGAAGUCAUCAGGAGUAAAACUGCUGUACUGCUGCGAGCUCAACCUGGAUCUUUUAGUGCUUUUUAAACCCCCAACAGCGAUGUUGGGGUCUGUGUCUCUGUAGUGGUCCUUGUACUGUCCUUGUACAUUUAUGUCCAUGGUCUUUUUGUUAUAUAUAUAUAUAUAUAUAUAUAUAUUUUCGUGUUCUUCCUCUUGUCUCGUCUCUCGUUUAAUAAUUUGUCUUAAUUCGACAAUGAAUAAAGUUUGACUUAACCGGG